CAUGAAGCCGAGUUCUACGGAGUGUCUGGGCUGGUGAAGCGUCUGUCUCUAUGCCAGGACCUGACAGCCUCCUCCUGUGGUGAUGUGCUCUUCUGUGGCUACCUGCCUCCUCCUCCAAAUACAACGGUGGCAGAGUCCAGCCUUCGCUCUGCAGCAGGCCUUGCUGCAUCACGCGCGUCCUCCAUACGCAACACAUCACAGGACUGCAGGCUUCCUCUGCAGGUUGGAGGUGCAAGCGUGGACCCAGGAAACGGACGUUCUCCUAACACUGAUGCCUGUCGCAGGUCUCACUCCCGCACACCAUCUUGGGAUCAUCGUCAACACUCCCGCAACUCGUCCGCGGACCUCAACAAGAUCUACAAGAUCGACGUGGCAGUUCUCAACAGCCUCGGCACCAGCGGCUCGUGCUGGGUAGACCCCCUGAGAGUGCGGAUGGUGAAGGCUCAUCACAAUUGGAUCCUCGUCGCCUACGCCCACUUCGUGACGUGCUACAGGAACAAAGACAGCACGGGCUGGCAGCUCGCCUUCACGUCGCCCCCUCAGGAGGAGCUCAUCGAGCGCGUCGCCAUCAACGCUAAGAUGGCCGCCGCUGCCGGGGCCCAGGCUGAACCUAACGCCUCUGCCACCCACAACAAGAUGCUGGCCAUCUCUUUUGGGGCCAACAUCACGCUGUGGAGCGUUGGGGAUGACGGGUCACGGGUGGAUGUGGGAACCUUCCACUUGGGCGUGGCAGUGGAGUAUCUGUUCUUCAUCGGGUACCAGCUGGUGGGGCUGUCAAGCGUUGGCAAGAUUGGCGUGUGGCACGCGAUGACGCGUAACUGGCAGACGCAGGACGUCUUGCCCAUCGCUUCCUUCGACACUGCUGGCUCCUUCCUGCUGCUCGGCUGCACCAACGGCUCCAUAUAUUAUAUUGACAUGCAAAAGUUCCCGCUGCGCAUGAAGGACAACGACCUGCUGGUGACAGAGCUCUACCACGACCCUUCUAAUGACGUCAUCACAGCCAUCUCCGUCUACCUCACGCCUAAGACCAACGUGUGCGGGAACUGGAUUGAAAUCGCGUACGGCACGAGCUCAGGCACGGUGCGCGUGAUCGUGCAGCACCCGGAGACCGUAGGGCACGGCCCUCAGCUCUUCCAGACCUUCACGGUGCACCGCCACCCCGUCACUAAAGUGCGUCUGAGCGAGAAGCUGCUCAUCAGCGUGUGCAGCGAAUAUAACCACGUACGUACGUGGUCUGUGAUGCGCUUCAGAGGCAUGAUCAGCACCCAGCCUGGCUCCACGCCCCUCUCCUCCUACAAGAUCCUCACUCUCGAGGAGGCAGAUCAUCCUGCGCUCUGUCUGCCCCAUGCUAACCAGAUUGGUCCCUACGGAGAGCAGGACGACGAGCAAGUCUUCAUACAGAAGGUGGUGCCGGAGACCGACCAGCUCAUCGUCAGGCUCGCCAGCAAGGGGAAGAGGGUGUGCCUGGUGAAGAGCGUGGACGGGUCCAGCAUCAGCAGCUUCUGCGUGCACGAGUGCGAUGGCCGUAUCGGCAGCACGCGCCCUCGCCGCUACCUCUUCACGGGACACACGUCGGGCGCCAUUCAAAUGUGGGACCUCACCACCGCCCUCGACAUCAUCAGCAAACCUCAGCUGAACGAAGAUGGCAGUCCUGAUGCUGGCGAGCUACUGCGCUUGCUGGAGACCUGCGAGUUGAGCUACUCUCACGGCACCACCCCUUGCGUCUCGCCCUCCCCUCAGCCUCCUCCUCCUUCAGGCUUUCCUGGAGCUGUAAAUCACCAGCAGCUACUGCCCAGUCCAUCUCUGCAUCACAGCUCAUCGUUCACUUCACAGCAGCCUCUACCUCACCACACAGUACAGCAUCAGUCGCAUUCAUCAUCAUCAUCUCUCCACCCAUCACACAGUCAUUGCCAUUGUUGCAGCUCACAACACAGCACUCCGGCCUCACAACAUAACUUACAAGCACCCUCAUACUUGCGGCACUUCAAUAGCCACUGUAUGGCUGCCUUUACCAGCAGUGGUCAACCUGUAAAUACUGUCUCUGUACCGCACAACGUUCACACUCCAAAUAGCUCUUUAGUGAACACCUCUCGUUCAGCCAGCCUCGCAGAGCUCGCUUGCCAGACUAGCGAGUCUUUUCCUCUGGCCGACAGUGCUGCAGCUCUUAAUUAUAAUGCGUGUCAUAGCGCGGGUGCCUUGAGACUACACAGCACAGUGUCAUCUUUAUCCCUUACGAGUGACCCACAACGUCCUACGAAGACAAGUCCAAAGUCUUCGGAACAGCAGGAGGCUGUCAACAACUGCUGUCAGGCUGAAGGCUGUGCCUUUAGUACACAUGUAUUUCCGCACGUAGCACCAGCGACGCAGAGAGGCAGCUGUGUUGGUGUACGAGGCGCCACGCCACUCCUGAAGGCGGCCAACGUUGCCUUCUUGACUCACCAUCAGAACGUGAAGACAGAGGCCGCCCAGACGUCCACACGAGACGGAUCUUAGUUGCAUAAACUUCCCUUGUGAACCAUGCUUCGUGAACGCCAUAUGUGUGCAAUACGAUCUCUAUUUCAUUAACUUAGAUAUUUUUAUUAAUAGUCUUGGCUAUACGAACGUGUAUGAGCAACAUUAUGAGCUUGCAUUUGUAACGUGAUUUCUUUCGUGUUAACAUGGUGUGAAUGUUGAGGAAAGUUUUUGUAGAAAUGAAAAUGCAUUCCAAAU